AACGGCGUCGUUUCCACCGUUCUUCUGUGUCUUUUGCUGACUCUCUUUCCUCCGAUUUUCUCCUCCAUUAAUCAAAAUCCCAAAAUCUGAACAAAACCCACUUCAAUUCGCCUCAGAUUUUCUCAAACCCACGUCUCACUUUUCUCCUUAAUCCCCUCUAUGACCCCCAAAAGCGCCAAAACCCCAUUUUUCUGACAUAGUUUCCCUUAACUUUCCGGGGAAAUUUACAGGUCCCAUGGCCGCUGCACUGAGGUCGAAAUCGUCUAGAGAAACGGCCUUGUUAACAUUCUCUCAGUUCAGAUACUUCAUCUUGAAUCAUAUGCAUGCGGGUCGUUUGCCCAAUUCCUAUAUUUCCCACAAACCCAAUUGCGACCAUUGCUUUACGCAUUCCCACACACCCUACCACUUCACCUCAUUCAAACCCGUGUCUCUGCGUGGUGAACUUGUCGAUAAGGGUCUUGAGUUCUUCGAUAAUCAGAGGUUUUCGAAGGUGGGUUUUAGUACGAAUGAGAGUAAAAAAUUGAGCAGGGAUACUAUUUUGAAUUCUUUUGGGGACCCGCCGGAGGUUUGGUCCGGCGACGGAAUUGUGGUCCGGCAGGGGGGAUCAGGUUCGAAUUUGGUCCGUGGGGGCGGUGGGGCAGGAGCGAACGGGGGAGCAGGUAGUGGGUUCGGUUCCAAUUCAAAGGAUGAGUCUUGGGGAGGAUCAAAUUUGGGCCACAAUUUCCCAACCCCGAAAGAGAUCUGUAGAGGAUUGGAUAAGUUUGUGAUUGGGCAGGAGAGAGCGAAAAAGGUGCUCUCUGUGGCAGUAUAUAAUCAUUAUAAGCGGAUCUAUCAUGAGUCCCUCCAAAAGUGGCCUGCAGAAGAUACAAGUGAUGACAAAGCAGAGGCCACGGAUAAUGAUUCAGUGGAACUCGAGAAAAGUAACAUUCUUCUAAUGGGACCAACUGGCUCAGGGAAGACAUUACUUGCCAAAACCUUGGCACGGUUUGUGAAUGUUCCCUUUGUUAUUGCAGAUGCCACUACACUCACUCAGGCAGGAUAUGUUGGGGAAGAUGUGGAAUCUAUAUUAUACAAGCUCCUCAUGGUUGCUGACUAUAAUGUAGUAGCUGCCCAGCAGGGCAUCGUUUACAUUGAUGAAGUUGACAAAAUCACGAAGAAGGCUGAGAGCCUCAAUCUUAGCAGAGAUGUAUCAGGGGAGGGUGUUCAACAGGCUUUACUAAAAAUGCUGGAAGGAACAGUUGUGAACGUCCCAGAAAAGGGAGCUCGAAAGCACCCCAGAGGUGACAACAUUCAGAUUGACACAAAGGACAUUCUCUUCAUAUGUGGGGGUGCCUUCAUUGAUCUAGAGAAAACAAUCUCUGAAAGACGCCAAGAUUCUUCUAUUGGGUUUGGUGCACCAGUACGUGCAAACAUGAGAACUGGUGGUCCGACAGAGGCUGCUGUGGCAUCAUCAUUAUUGGAGACUGUUGAAAGCAGUGAUCUUAUUUCAUACGGUUUAAUACCUGAAUUUGUUGGGCGAUUUCCAAUCCUUGUUAGUUUGUCAGCUCUCACUGAGAACCAACUUGUUGAGGUCCUAACAGAACCGAAAAAUGCUCUGGGGAAGCAGUACAAGAAGAUGUUCCAAAUGAAUGGAGUCAAGCUGCAUUUCACAAAAAAUGCUCUGAGAUUAAUUUCUAGAAAGGCAAUGUCCAAAAACACGGGCGCUCGAGGCUUAAGGUCCAUAUUAGAGAAUAUUUUGAUGGAUGCGAUGUAUGAGAUCCCAGAUGUGAGAACAGGAAAUGAUAUCAUUGAUGCUGUAGUUGUUGAUGAUGAGGCUGUUGGCUCUGAUGGACACGGAUUUGGAGCCAAAAUACUUUACGGAAAGGGUGCACUGGACUGCUAUCUUUCACAACACAAAUUAAAGGAGACAGAAACACCCAUGGAGGGCUCUUCUGAUGGUGAAGCCGAGGCAGAGGCAGAAAUUCCUUCCAUUGUCGCCAGCAUGUAAACCUCAUGGUGGAGAUCAAUUCCUGUUCUCACACUUGUACAUAAUAAGUUUAAGCAGAAAACCAUAAUUUUUGAACGAUUUAAUUGGCAACCAUGCUACAAUUCUUGAAAGUUUUCAGUGUAUCAUUCAAUUGUGCAGCAACCCAUGUACCCCUUUUCCACAAUUUAGUGAUGCAGAUUGUUAAUUUGAUCAACA